GAGAAAAUCAAGAAUUUGAAGAAAAUAUCGAUAAUUUAUACGGGACCAACUUCAGGGAUUUGGGUGAAAAUGUGAAAAUGGCGACGGUGAGUGACUCAAGUACAAUUGUACAAAGGUCGUCUGUUUUUUUUUCUUUUAAUUACGCGUAGAUAAGAAGUGACAGAUUAUAGUGGAUUACAUGCCCAAAGAAUUCAUCUCACGAUUCUACUAUAACCUUCUCGUAAGACUGCCCUAGAAAAAGAACCUUUUAAAGAAGAAAUGAACGCCCAUCAUGGAGUUUAUUUUAGAUGUGAUUAAGAGCAUUAGUAAUUUUGCUCUAACUUGCACAUUGUCACAAUGGAUUGGCCAAGUGAUUGGAGACUAUCAAUAUUCAUUUUUACACAUAAUUUAUCUGAUUGUUUUUGUAUUAAUACUCGUCCUCAUCGGAAUGUUUGUCGUGAGAAAAUGGAAGUACAAAGAAUUUCUUCCGGAAGUAAAGGAAUUUGUCGGUGUUGGAAGUGGCAGGCCACGUUUCCGAAAGCGAGACAAAGUGCUAUUUUAUGGGCGAAAAAUGUUAAGAAAAGUAAAGUCUAUAAGCGGACAGGCCGGGGGCCAAGGCAAAAAAAGAAGAGCUGUGAUGAGAUUUGCUAGACGAUUACUACAACUCAAGAAGGAAACAGUUCCUCAACAAUUGAAGGUCCUGGAACCACCAGCCGAAUAUCUCGAGGAAGAUUUAGGUCCAGGUGAUAGAGUUCCUCCAGAUGCGUUGUACAUUCUCCAGAAUAUUCGCGUGUUUGGACAUUUUGAGAAGCCGGUCUUUUUAAAAUUGUGCAAGCACACUGAAAUAAUGAAUCUCCCUGCUGGCACUUCUCUUUUUAAAAUCGGCGAUCCCGAUGAAAAUGUGUUCAUUGUCCAACAGGGUUUAGUCAAUGUUUAUAUUACCGGAUCCGAUGGAUCUCAAAUUUCUCUAAAAUUAGUUAAAACUGGAGAAUCAGUGACCAGUUUGCUUAGUUUUACGGAUGUGCUCACUGGACAUACGAGUACAUAUAAAACCGUUUCAGCGCGUGCUGUUGAGAAUUCGGUUGUUGUCAAGCUGCCAAUGAGCGCUUUUCAAGAGGUCUUUCAAGAUCAUCCAGAUGCGUUUAUUCGAGUCAUUCAGGUUAUCAUGGUGAGAUUGCAGAGGGUGACUUUCACGGCAUUGCAUCAGUAUCUCGGCUUAUCGGCUGAAUUAGUUAAUCAAGGAAGUUAUAAAAAGAAGCACAGUCCUUUCUCUGGAUCGCCGGUUAGAUCCAGAACGCGUGAGAAUUUUGCUAAUCAAACAGCAGAAACGAAUAUUGGUUCCGAAUUGGCGGAGAAUUUGGAAUCGUUGCAAAAGGAAUUGAAUAAUAUUUCGAUUACACAACCAAUUCCAAUUAUUGUCAGCAGAAGGUCGAGAAAUAAUUUGGAUUUGAAGAAUUCGUACACGAGUUCGCAAUUCAGUCAAACAUCGGAAACGGUUUCUGAAUCCGAUUCGCCUUGGCCGAAAGCAUCGUCAUCUAAUGUUCAGUCACAACAAACUUCUUCGUCGGAUCAACAGUUGCCGAGUGCGGCAAGUAGAAAAGUAUCGAGAAAUGAGGGACUUUUUCAACUCGAUGAAGCACAAGUUAUUCAAAUUGCAAUUGAGGCUUUCGUCAGGGAACUUGGUCUGGAGGAUGAUUCCGUACUUCAGGGUGGCAAGGUUCAAAUUCGAGACGUACCGACAGGCACUUAUCUCAUGAAGGAAGAAUCUCACAAGGAUGUAGCUUUAGUUUAUGUUGUUACGGGUUCGUUGAUUAUAAGUCAACGAGUGACGGAGGGUGCGGAUUCUGGAGAGGAAGUACACAUGUUUAGUGCUCAUCAGGGAGAAAUUGUUGGCGGUUUAGCUGUACUGACAGGAGAACCCUCCUUUUAUACAAUCCGAGCGAAACAUUUGAGCCGCAUUGCAUUAUUAAGUAAACAAACAUUUUUCGCAAUUAUGCGAGAAAGACCCACUGUUGUUUUGCAUGUUGCAAAUACAGUUGUUCAAAGACUGAGCCCUUUCGUUAGACAAGUCGACUUUGCAUUAGACUGGUUAUUCCUGGAAAGUGGCAGAGCCGUUUAUCGUCAGGGCGAUGAAUCAGAUUCGACAUUCAUUGUUUUAAGCGGUCGAUUAAGAUCAGUAAUAACUUAUGAGAAUGGAAAAAAGGAAUGUGUCACCGAAUAUGGUAAAGGUGAUUUAGUUGGAAUUGUUGAAAUGGUGACGCAAACUCCAAGAUCAACGACUGUUAUGGCCGUACGUGAUUCGGAACUUGCGAAAUUACCUGAAGGCUUAUUUAAUGUUAUUAAGUUACGUUAUCCAAUCGUUGUCACGAGAUUGAUCAAUUUACUUGGACAUCGUAUCCUUGGCACUUGGAAACAGGCGCCAAAAACUGGAAAUCACAGAAGAGCGACAGUGGACGCAAGACCAUCGCAAAUUAAUUUCUCCACGGUUGCCAUUGUUCCAGUCUCCGAUGACGUUCCAUUAACUGCGUUUACAUACGAACUUUAUCAUUCUCUCUGCGCAAUUGGGCCUUGUCUGAGACUAACGUCCGAUGUUGUUCGAAAAACUCUGGGAAGUGCGAUAUUGGAGCCAAUGAAUGAAUAUCGAUUGACAUCGUGGCUGGCACAGCAGGAAGAUCAACAUCGAAUCUCGUUGUAUCAAUGCGACACAACGUACACUUUAUGGACACAACGAUGCGUGCGACAGGCGGAUUGUAUUUUAAUAGUCGGUUUGGGCGAUCGUCCACCGACAUUGGGAAGAACUGAGCGUGAAGUUGAACGAUUAGCAAUGAGGACACAAAAGGAAUUGGUAUUAUUGCACAAAGAACAAAGCGGUCAACGACCAACGAACACUGUCCAAUGGCUUAAUAUGAGAUCCUGGGUUUCAUGUCAUCAUCACAUACAAUGUCCCAAACGAAUGUUCUCCCGAAAGUCGCAAUAUCGAAUCAAUGAAUUGUACUCGAAAGUUCUGAUGUCGGAGCCGAACGUUCACAGCGAUUUUAGUAGACUUGCGCGAUGGUUGACAGGCACAUCGGUUGGUUUAGUUCUUGGAGGCGGUGGAGCUAGAGGAGCGGCCCAUAUUGGAAUGUUAAAAGCAAUUCUGGAAGCUGGAAUUCCGAUAGAUAUGGUCGGCGGUGUUAGCAUUGGCGCUUUCAUGGGCGCUCUUUGGUGUAUGGAGAAAAAUAUCGUCACUGUUACACAAAAAGCUCGAGAAUGGUCGAUGAAAAUGACUCAAUGGUGGCGACAGAUUUUGGAUUUAACAUAUCCAAUGACUUCGAUGUUCUCCGGGAAGGAUUUCAAUAAAACGAUACAAGCGACAUUUGGUGACACGUACAUCGAGGAUCUUUGGCUUCCUUAUUUUACAUUAACGACUGAUAUAACGGCAUCGUGUAUGAGAAUUCAUAGACACGGAUCGAUGUGGCGAUAUAUUCGGGGUUCGAUGUCAUUGUCUGGUUAUAUGCCUCCCAUGUGCGAUCCCGCCGAUGGUCACCUGCUCCUAGACGGCGGGUACGUCAAUAACCUUCCAGGUAUUCUCUGGAAGUAUAGUCGGGCGAGUAUGACAUUUGCCGGAGUCUUUCCACCUGUUUGCGAUCCAGUUGAUGGGCAUCUUUUAGUCGACGGGUGUUAUGUUAAUAAUGUUCCAGCUGACGAGAUGUUAAGACAAGGAGCUCAUCAUAUUUUGGCUAUUGACGUUGGAUCUCAAGAUGAUACUGAUUUGACGAAUUAUGGAGAUUCCUUGUCAGGAUGGUGGUUACUUUGGAAAAGGUGGAAUCCAUUUGCAGAACCCGUGAAAGUUCCUAAUUUGCCUGAUAUUCAGUCGCGAUUGGCGUACGUCAGCUGUGUUCGACAAUUGGAGGAAGUAAAAAAUUCGGAUUAUUGCGAAUACAUACGACCACCGAUUGAUAAAUUUAAAACACUGCAAUUCGCUAAUUUCGAUGAAAUCAAAGACGUUGGAUAUCAUCAUGGUAAAACUUAUUUUGAGGGACAGCAGAAAGUUGGAAUUUUGCCACGAUUUAAUGCCGAUAGAGAGAAUGCAAAAAUACUUCGAGCAAAGACUCAAGCUGCUUGUCAGCAAACAUCUUCCUACACUUUUACUGAUCUCGCACAAAUGGUUUGCAAGGUAUCGCGAGGAAGUCGAUACUUAAAUGUAGAUAUGGAUUCUGAUUCUGAAAUCGAAGAAUACGAGGCUGAUUUAGAGGAAGACGCACAUGAAGUCGGAUACGCCUCCGAGCCAUCAGUGGGAAUUUUGGAUCAGAGUCCCGACGACAAUCGUUUACGAAGAAGAACGGGAACAUCUUUAAGUUUAUCCGAUGCAGAGGCCGAGUCAGAACCUGAGUAUCACUCAAAAUUAUUCUGAACUUUGUCUCUUUGUACAUUUUUAAUUGACGACUGGCUUGUAAUUUUUUACAACAAAACAAAAAAAAAAUGUAAAUAUGUAUAGGAAUGUAAAAAAAGGAAACGUGAGUAUUCGUAUUUUCAAGUACAUCAUUUUAAUUUCGUUGCAUCAACAAAAAAUGCUUUUAAUAUCGUUGCAGUCUCUUCAGUAAAAACAAUAAUUUCUGUUACCAUUACUAUCACUGUUGUAGCAAAAUAAAACUAUUAUAUCAUUUGUAAA